AUGUCCUCAACACUGAUCGAUCUGCCUUCUGAAAUCCUUAUCCUCAUUAUACAAUAUGUUCUACAAGAUCCUCCCCCUCCGCCCGUGGAGCCAUGCGAGGCCAACCGAAUCGUCUUCAAAGACAUGAGAGGACAGGCAUGGCAAGGCGGCUGUGGAAAGAUCUACCACGAGAAACAUAAUAUGCAUGGGCUUUCCGGUCGCCUGCCCUUGCUUUUGACAAAUCGUCAACUUUCCACUAUGACAAAGUGGGUCUGGGAACGAUUUGCUAGGAACCACGUCCUAGACAUCGCUCUUCGCGACGAUUUAGACCUUUUCCCGACCUGGCAAUGCAUCCCAGCUACAACAAAUCGAAUAAAGCUGCUAGCGGUAGACAUUCGUCUAAUGGGCCAUGUCAUUUCUCCAGACAAGGCCAGGAAACAGACCAGGGGCAACGUAUCAAGGGGGUUUCAUUGGAGUUUCUACAGACUUCUAGAAAGGUUCCUGCUUUACGGUGCUGUCGGCGAACUUGAAGAUUUGAAGACUCAAGGGAAUGGCUCGAGCCUUUCAUCUACUUCCUUAUCGAAAACAUAUCCGGAAACGACUUUCGAGGAUCGCGAUGUCACUGUACAAACACUCGUCAUCGAUGUUACGUCUGCGGCUAGAGGGUUUCAAAUCCCACCGGAUGACCCUGACAAUAUAUGGAACUUGCGGUGGUUUCAUCAACAUAGGGGUGAGAUUUACGAUGGACUGGAUGGCUACGCUACACGGCCCGAGUGGGUGGCGGGAACGCUUGCUAGGAAGUUUUCUCAACUUCUUUCAAUGACCUACCACACGGCUCAACAUGGAAAGUUUAUGUAUGAGCGGGUCGGGAGAAUUCAUCUUCUUGUCAAUGGUGAAGUGAGGUGGGAGUUCAAUCUUUCAAAGAAGCUUCGCGAGUUGCACUUUGAAAAUCCCAACGAUACAUUUGGAAAUCUAAACACGCGUGACAGGAUUGAAUUUUUCCAAAGGUGGAAGGAGGAUACACUUCAACGACGGCAGGACCUAGGACUUUUAGUUUAUUUGAAGGCAGUACCAAAUUGA